AUGUCGCCUCCAAACACAGUCAACGAAGCAUUGCACAAGAAAUACGAACAAGAAAAGAACAAACGCUUGAAAGAGUCGGGCCUCAGUCAAUACGUCGAUGUUCGAUCGCAAGGCCUCGAAGCUCUUGCUAGAGAUCCUUGGGUUGAUUACGACGAUCCCAGAGUCAAAAACCCUCCUCUUAAAGACGGCGACAGGAUCAAAUAUCUUAUUACGGGUGCCGGAAUAAAUGGCGUUGUCUUCGCAGGACGAUUGAUUGAGGCUGGCAUCAGUCGUGAAGAUGUCGUAUGCGUCGACAUUGCAGGAGGCUUUGGUGGCACAUGGUACUACAAUCGCUACCCUGGAGUCAUGUGCGACGUCGAAGGCUACUGCUACGUCCCCUUUCUCGAGGAAACGGGUUAUCAGCCUCGACAUCGAUACUCUUAUGGCCAUGAGAUCCGAGGUCAAAUUGAACGAAGCGUCGAUCACUUCGGAAUCAAGGGACAGUUGUGCACGAGCGUUGACUCGCAGAUCUGGGAUGAAGACGAAAAGCUCUGGAUUGUCACUAUGACACGUACGGUUGGUGAGCCGUCCAUUUCCACGACUUUCACCGUUCAUGCAGAAUUCGUUCUCCACUCGAACGCUCCUUUCCUCUUACCAAAAGUGCCUGAACUACCCGGCUGGGAGGAGCUUUAUCAGGCGAAACACGUGUUCCAUUCGGCUCGCUGGGACUACGAUUACACUGGUGGUACCCAAGAGAAGCCUGAUCUCGUGAGGCUCCAAGGGAAGCGUGUUGCAAUCAUCGGCACUGGUGCAACAGCCGUUCAGAUCGUGCCCGAGCUAGCAAAAUGGGCGGACCACGUUUACGUUGUCCAAAGGACACCAUCUUACGUUGGAGCACGGGGACAAGUAGAAACUACCCCAGAGAAUUGGGCCAAGAUCACGAGUGAGAAGGGUUGGCAACGUAAGCGGAGGACUAUCUACGAUGCAUACGUGAGUAUGAGCAAAGGCGCUGGCCCCGACGUCAUCAACGAUGGCUGGACACAAACUCCAGCCGGGUCUGGCUUUCUCGGUUCCAAUUCAAAGCUCGUUACACCCGACAAAGUUGAAGAACAUAUCAAGGAGCUGUAUGCGAUUGACUUUCCACGUACGGACUUGAUUCGCCAACGCGUUGAAGAUAUAGUCAAGGACAAACGCACGGCUGAGAAGCUCCAAGCAUGGUACGGAAGCUGGUGCAAGCGGCCUUCUUUCCACGACGAAUACCUUCAAGCAUUCAACAAGCCGAACGUAACCCUCAUUGACACAGACGGCAAAGGUCUCGACGGUUACACCAAGAACGCGAUCCUAUUCGAUGGAGUCGAAUAUGAAAUCGAUGCCCUCAUCCUAGCUACAGGUUUCACAUUUGACCCUGCACUCGACCCAUCCGAAAAGAUGGGUACAGUCAUCCAAGGACGAAAUGGUCUAACCAUGAAAGACUACUGGAAACAACCCGAGUCCGGUACGGUCUUCGGAAUAGCAAUGCCCGGUUUUCCCAAUAUGUUCGGCACUUUCCCUCGUGGCUCACCAGGCACGUGGAAUUCUGUGUCCAUCAUGGAAAUGGCAGCGACGCUCAUAAAAGGCAUUUUGCAACAAGCGCAUAGACAGGCAGGAGACGGCGAGCGUGUUGUCAUCGAAGCUUCGAAAGAAGGUGAGAGGCGGUAUGGCGAGGAAGUUGCGAAACGAGCUGCAUGGUUUAGUGCGCUACCGACGUGUACUCCUGGAUACUUUACUGCAGAGGGCGCGGCGAGUUUUCAGAAGCAGGAGCAGAAGUCCGAGGAGGAGAAAUUCAAUGAGGCGAAGAAGAUGCCGUGGGGUGCUGGGCCGGUAGACUUUCGCGAGAUGACUGAGGAGUAUGUAGCGAAAGGGAGCCUCGAGGGGUUCCAGGUUGAGUUAGUAGCUUAGAGAGCGUUCGGGUAUCCGCAAGGUCUUCUGCAAUAUCUUACCUCCAGAGUGUCUAAGCGGAAGUCGCUAGGCCACCUUCUAUACUGUACAGAGAGUCCACCAAGUUCUCGAGUCUUGACCUAGCCAUGAGCAAGGCCUUUGCUUACCGCGAGCCUCCAAAACUCCAGGUCGAACACACGACGUAAUUUUUAUUCAC